GAAGGCUUGGGUUGCUUGUUUCUCAGCAUAAAUUCACCUCAGACUUCUACUUUGACAGUGCUCUGUGUUUCGGUACGCAUGAAGAUACAGAACUGAAAUUGCUUUGCUUUCUUUACAAAUGACUCAGAGUGUGCUUGUCCUUCCCUAAAAUGUUGCCAGCGUGUGAAGGAUUUUCAAUGAGCAAUGCAAUAAGCCAGCAUCUGGGAAGGUUUGAGGCUGCACUGGUGACAGUGUACUGUCACACAGAUGAUCAGGGCUGGAGCCAAGUCUCUGUAGCACCGUAGAUCAUAUUGGUCACAUACUGGAAGUUUUGUUUAUGUAACUUGGUUGCUGUUUAAGCUGUUUAAAUAAUAUUGCCGUAAUGUGGAGUGGACUUCCCAGUAGAGGCACUACUACACUUCCCACCCUUGUGCGCACACCUACCUUGAUGAUGCAGCCUUCCCUGGAUAUCAAACCCUUUAUGUCCUUCCCCAUGGACAGCAGCUCUGCUGUUGGAUUCUUCCCAAAUUUUAACACAAUGGAUCCUGUGCAAAAAGCAGUCAUAAACCAUACAUUUGGAGUGUCUAUUCCCCCAAAGAAGAAGCAAGUCAUUUCCUGUAACGUCUGCCAGCUUCGAUUUAACUCUGAUAGCCAGGCCGAGGCCCACUACAAAGGAAGUAAACAUGCCAAGAAGGUCAAAGCACUAGAGGCAACGAAAAAUAAACCCAAAGUUGGUUCUUCCAAGGACAGCGCAAAGGCUAACACAAGCUGCUGCACCACGCCAGUCACAGCCAACAUCUCUGACAAAUCAGAAGAUAAAGGAAAAGCAAAGCCCAAUAGUGCAAAUCAACAGUCCAGUACAGAAGUGGGUUCUUUUCUUCCCAAACCUGGAGCGGCCGCAGUGGCAGCUGUAACACCUGCUUCAUCCUCCAAGAGCACAAAUGGAUCCUCUAACACAGUUUCUGAGUCAGAAGAGGAAAAAGCCAAAAAACUGCUUUAUUGUUCGUUAUGCAAAGUGGCUGUGAAUUCCCUGUCACAACUAGAAGCCCACAAUACAGGCUCCAAGCACAAGACCAUGGUUGAGGCACGAAAUGGUGCAGGUCCUAUCAAGUCUUACCCUAGGCCUGGAUCCCGGCUGAAGGUGCAGAAUGGUAGUAAAGGCUCAGGACUGCAGAACAAGACGUUUCAUUGUGAAAUCUGUGAUGUCCAUGUUAAUUCAGAGAUUCAGCUCAAACAGCACAUUUCCAGCCGAAGGCAUAAGGACAGAGUUGCAGGGAAGCCUAUGAAACCUAAAUAUAGCCCUUACAACAAACUGCAGCGCAGCCCAAGUAUUUUAGCAGCCAAGCUUGCAUUCCAGAAGGACAUGAUUAAGCCACUGGCACCUGCUUUCCUUUCAUCUCCUCUUGCUGCGGCUGCAGCUGUGUCAUCGGCUCUGUCCCUUCCUCCCCGUCCCUCUGCCUCCUUGUUCCAGGCACCUGCAAUACCACCAGCUCUCCUCAGGCCAGGCCACGGUCCCAUCCGGGCAACACCUGCCUCCAUACUUUUUGCACCAUAUUAAUUUAUUGAUGUAAAAAAGAGGUAACUAUGGCCAGUAGAAAGGUUAACGGAAAAGCAGGAAAUAGGUUGAGAUUUUAAAAUGUCUUUCCCUUUGGAAACGCCAUCCAAGGUGACAUCUCGACCAUAAAAUUCAUCAUUGGCUGUACUGCAUUUUGGAGUCUAAACAACCCUCCUUCUCAGUAUCUCUGUCUGUCUUUUUAAAAUCCAAAUAGUGAUUUGA